AUGGCCAAUGGCUCAACAUGCAGUGACAGUGGCUCGGACCUUGCGGCCCUUCUAGAACAGGAGUUGGACAGUGCAUCAUUGCCUGGGUCUCCUAAGGAGACGGUGCUGGCUGAGGUUGAGGUGCUGGAAGAUUCAAGGCAGGCAAAGCGGUACAUUCACUCCGGGCUGAAACUCAGCGCUUCAGAAGCAGAACGUGUGAGGCAGCAGAGCCUGAAGAGGGCGCUCAGCAACAGGAAGUUGCUCUUGGUGCUGGACUUGGAUCACACCCUGCUCAACUCCACGCGAUUUGAUGAGGCGGUGGGUUUUGAGGAGCAGCUUGCUGCCAUACAGCGAGCAAGGCCUGAGGAUCAGCCGGUGUCACUAUACCAUCUGGAGCACAUGCGCCUGUGGACAAAGCUGCGGCCUUAUGUCAGGGAGUUCCUUGAAAAGGCGCACGAGGUGUCAGAGAUGCACAUCUACACGCAUGGCAACGCGGAGUAUGCCAUCGAGAUGGCUCGCCUGCUGGACCCCACCAAGCGCUUCUUUGCAGAACGCAUCAUCUCCCAGGGGGACAGCACGGUGAAGCAUGUGAAGGACCUGGACGUUGUACUGGGUGCUGAGACGGCCGUGGUCAUCUUGGACGACACAGCCGGCGUUUGGCCCUCGCAUCAGCAGAACCUCCUACAGGUGGAGCGGUAUGUCUUCUUCCCGGCGUGUGCGCGCCGUUUCCAGCUGAACGUGCAGUCUCUGCUGGAGCUGGGGAGGGACGAGGACGAGCAGCAUGGCAUGCUCGCCUCCGCGCUCCGAGUGCACAGCCGGUUCUUUGGCGCGUCGGCCGGCGGCGGGCAGCAGGACGUGAGGCAGCACCUGCAGGCCCUGCGCCUGCAGGUGCUGUCGGGGUGCCGCAUCAGCUUCAGCCGCAUCAUCCCCCGGGGCGAUCGCUUCCCAGAGACCCACCCCCACUGGCAGAUGGCACAACAGCACAAGCCAAUUAAGUUUGCCGUCAGCAAUGGAGGCAGCAGAGAGAGUCAAAGCAUAGAGUGGGUGCAGCUGGGCGCUGUGGUGACGCUGGGAGUGGAGGAGGACACAACGCAUGUGGUGGCAGCAGCCAAGGACACCGACAAGGUGCACUGGGCCGUGGCAAACGAGCGCCAUAUCGUCUCCCCAGACUGGCUCACGGCAUCAGCAUGCUUGUGGCGAAAGAUGGAUGAGGACCGGUUUCCUGUGGGCGAUGCACCCACUGUUGUGGCCAAGGUGGGGCUGUCUGCAGAGGAGGAUACCAAGGCAGCCUUGGCUGGAGCGGGCGGUGGCAUGCGAGUUGCAAGCAGCAAUGAGAGUUGA